AUGGAAAACAGUUCUCAGCGAUGCGAAUGCGAUCGGUGGUCCCGUGGUGUAGCGGUUAGCACUCAGGACCUCUGGAUCCUGCGCAAGGUCUUCAAUACUUCGUCAUCGUCAAGAGGGCUUUGCGAUGAGGACAGAAUGGAAAACAGUUCUCAGCGAUGCGAAUGCGAUCGGUGGUCCCGUGGUGUAGCGGUUAGCACUCAGGACUCUGAAUCCUGCGACGAGGGCUUUGCGAUGAGGUUAGAAUGGAAAACCGUUCUCAGCGAUGCGAAUGCGAUCGGUGGUCCCGUGGGACCUAGUCUUUUGCGCAAAGUCUUCAAUACUUCGUCAUCGUCAAGAGGGCUUUGCGAUGAGGAUAGAAUGGAAAACCGUUCUCAGCGAUGCGAAUGCGAUCGGUGGUCCCGUGGUGUAGCGGUUAGCACUCAGGACUCUGGAUCCUGCGCAAGGUCUUCAAUACUUCGCCAUCGUCAAGAGGGCUUUGCGAUGAGGAUAGAAUGGAAAACUGUUCUCAGCGAUGCGAAUGCGAUCGGUGGUCCCGUGGUGUAG